AUGUCUGCGAUCGAAUACAACAAUUUGCUUUUCAAAAUAAGCGAGAGACUGAACGAGCUGAAUGUAGGAAGACAAUUACUUGUUAUGUGCAGAGGGAAGGUGGCGCCUCGCGAUGAAGAAAACAUGCAAAAUGUCUUCCCGUUGUUUGUAGAGUUGGAGCAGAAUGGUUUUCUUGGUGCAGAUAAAUUGAAUAUUUUAAAAGAUCUUUUAAAAGGCCUUGAAGAAUGGUCACUUUUUGGGAAUGUCAAAUCGUUCGAGAGUAAACGAAAGGAAUACAACAGCUUGCUGGAGAGAAUUAUUCAUGUUCUAGACGAGCUCGAUUGUCUCGAACAGCUUGUCGCCAUUUGCAAUGAUCGGAUACCGGAAGAAAAGCAUAGCAGCAUACAAGAUGUUAGAUCACUGUUUCAGGAGCUGGAAAACAAUGACUCUUUAGGGAUUGAUCACCUUGAAGUCCUGAAGGAGAUUUUGACCCGACAGGAGAAAACUGAUUUACUUCGGGAAGUGGAGGAAUUUGAAGACGGGAAAAACCAAGAAGAAGAAUUUGAAUGGCGAAAAGGUAUUGUUACCGUUCUAGAUUCUUCUUUGGGUAUAUCCUCACGAUCCGUCGCGGCGGUUUUUGCUGAUUCUACUUUUUUCUCCCCCUUAUAACCUGUUUUAGGACCAUUUUUUGAACUCAGAGGGACCAAACGAAUGUCUACUGUCUCAAUAUAUAAUCACGAAAUAUUUCAUUUCUCUUUAAUACAAUAGUUCUACCUAAUAUCGUGUAAUAUUAUUAAUUACGCACUGUCUACGCCGCGUCCAAGUCCGAUCUUACAUACCUGUACAAUGUUUCUUAGACCGCUGUUUUAAAAGGAAAUAUACGUCUAAGCCUGCAAGUGUUUAUGAUUUCUUAGAGAGGCAAGACCGUAAAAUUUUCAGAAAAGUUUCUAAUGCUAAAGGACAUCCACUUUUAUCUAUUAUGCCUCGUGUUAAACCGUCCAGUUACAAUCUUAGGGAAGAAACUUGUUUUAAACCUAAGAUUAACACUGUACGUUUUAAAAACUCUAGUUAUUAAUCGUUGAGUUUUUAAAUAUGAAUUAGCUAUGCAAUAUACUAGAUUUUUUAAUUCUCAUUUUUUUUUACCUUUUUAAAAUUUCUUACACUUACUUGUAACGAAAGAUAUGUAUUUUUAUCUUUUGAUGAAUAAGGACUUUAUUAUUAUGAUUAUGAUUAUGAUUAUGAUUAUGAUUAUUAUUAUUUCAGCACAAGCAGCUGCGAUAGCGUCGUCGGCCAGCAGCAAUUUAGCUGGAGGUAAGUUGCGCUUGUAA